CACAGUUCGGGCGGGCAAACGUCUCUGCUUGCUUGGGAUACGUCCAUAGGUUCUGCCUCUUCUCCUGUGUUCCUGAGGGCCACUUUGGGGCAAAACAUUCAGUAGGAAAAGGUCUAAGAAGAAGAAGAAUCCUGUUACAUAAGGUGCUUCUGUCACCUUAUGGGCUGGUCAUCACACCAACACACCCACCCAGAAUAAAUCAACUGUGCCUCCGGGUGAACUGGACUUGCACUUCUACUUUUAUCGUGCAACACCAGCGAGGGCGAGCAGCUCGCGUCCCUGAGCUGACCCCAGCCUGCCACCGCCGCCAGCAUGGCAGAGUGGAAGUGCUCCAUCUGCCACGAAGCCUCGGACAACAUUGCCUACGUGCGCCCCUGCUUGCACCAGUUUUGCAUGGACUGCAUCAUGGAGUGGGCCAGGAAAAACCCAACGUGCCCGCUAUGCAGGCAGACGGUGCACACCAUCACCCACCCGGCGCCAGACAACCAGGGCAUCGCGGAGAUGGUUGUGCCCAGGAGUUUGGAGAUGGUGUCCAGGAGCGUCGGCCCGGAUGAGGAGUUGGACUUGGCGGAGCCGCAGCCCCGGGCUCCGGUUGAGGAGUUCCCUCCCGAGACCUGGGCAUUUUUGUUCAGCAACUACCCCGAGAUCCUGUGGCCGCUGGAGAUGUGGCUGCACGAGGUGCUGUGCGGGCCCAGCUCGUGGGACGUGGCCUUCGCGCGGGGCAGGAUCGUGGCCAGCCUGUGCCGCUACGGGCUGCACGAGGAGGCCCUGGGGCGGGAGUUGCAGCCCUUCCUGCGGGAGCAGACGGUGGCCUUCGUCCGGCAGCUCAUCCUCGUGGCCGCCGAGCGGUGCGGCGUGCUGGCGCGGCUCCGCAUGGACACGGGCUCCCAGCAGCCGGUCCCCCAGCAGGCCGACCCCGAAGCUGCCGCCUUGCCGGGCACCAGCGGGGCGCAGGAGGAGCGCCGUGAGGGGCCGGGGCAGGCCGGGGCCGGGACCUCGGGCGCCGGGCCGAGCGGCGACAGCGGGCCCGCCGGGCUGCGCAGAGACGGCGGCGGGCAGGAGAGCGGGGGCCACAAGGCGGCUCACCACCGCCCGAACUAGAGUGCUGUGGCAGCCCCGGGAGAAACGGGAUCGGGACAGCAGCGGGGAUCUUUCUUUAGUUCACAGUAAAGUAAUUUUGUAAAGCAGCCAAACCAAAGCAAAACAAAAUCACCAACCCCAAGAACAAUUUAAAAACCGCGUGAAAAGCCUUAGUCUCUCACUACAAGCCUUUUAUGUGGCAUUGCGCGCGCUGUCACCCACAUGCCUUCUCCUUCUGCCGGUGCUGUGCACACCUUCCCCCCAGUGUGUGUCCUUCAACUCCCACGUUGUCUGCCGUAGUUUGAAGCCCCAAUUCCCCUCUUAGAGUGUAUUUGUCACAGUUUCUUCAAGAGAUUGCAUUAUUACGGGCUCAAGACUUACUUCCAGUGUGUCUUAGUUUAUUAGCAAAUUGAUGGAAUUCCAGACAAAAAGAAUUCUCCAUUGUACUGCUAUUCCAGUUUAACUUAGCUAUGUUUGAUUGUUGUAAUCUUCGAUGCAGUGUUGUUCUUGCCUCUCUGCUGGGGCUCUUCUCCAUUCUCUGCAGCACAGUCCUCCCUGUCUUCUCAGGGGCUCCUCUUGGGCUCUCGACCCACCCCUAUUUAUCUCAGUUACCUUCACGAGCUACAGCUGCUGCCCAACUAAGGACCCUGCAGCUGCAGCUCGUUUGGAGCAACUCAGACCCACACAGGUCUUACAAUACAACAUAUAUUCAGGCCCCCACAUUUGAUGAUAUUUUAUAUGAUCGUGAUCAAGACAUUGAAAUUUGUAUUAAAAUUUAGGUUUGUUUCCUUUAAAAUAUGUUACAUGAAUUCUUUGUGUAGACAUCCUGUGAGUGUGAAGACUUAAUUCUUUCUAUCAAGAGAUUGACAUAUUGCUAAUAUUCCA